UCCCACCACAGGGAUGUUGAAUGCUAUUGUAUUAUGGUCACUAUUUCCAAGCGGUCCUGCUCCACUCAGGAUUAAAUCUAGAGUUGCCUCUCCCCUUGCACAGAUUGUCCCUUUUCUUAGCUAUCUUGUUGGUCUCACCUCUGUUUGUCUGUGGCAUACUCUGAGUUUACCAGAUCUUGGUCUCAGAACUGAGUGCCUGUGCCAUGCACUGAAUUUCCCCAUUCUCUGUUCCCCAGGUCUCAACACUUUGUUUCUGGUCUGUACAUUGAGUUUUCCUGUCCUUAGCAACUCAGGUAUUAGUGCUUUGUUUCUGUGACAUGCACUGAGUUUCCCCAUUCUCAGCUCUACUGGUCAUUGUUUGCAAGGCCAUGGCAGCAAGGGUGAAGUGAUAUGCUCUUAAAAAUGGAGUCCUCUGUGUGUGAUACUGGACAAAACCACAUCUGAUUUUAUCUCAGUACUGGACAGCGGAAAACCCAUACCCUACCCCAUACCCCCGAUUGUCUGUCUUAAAACUGAAUGAAUGGCCUGCCUGUGUAAGAACUCUGCAGUAACACACACAAACUAAUCUGGCCCUUCAUAGGCUUGGUCUCUAUAGACAUUGAAUUAAAUGCUGAAGCAGGAGGAUUAAUAUCCCUGCCAAAAUUAUCUUUUUUUGUAAUGAUUUUGAAAAAUUUCAAACCUUUAAAAUAUCGUUUAAAAAGAUAUUCUGGGUGUUUUUCCUUAUUUGUUUAAUUUUAUAUUUCAACUCUAGGAGCAAAGAAGGCUGGUCACACAUAAAGGCUGGGGGACUGUUGUAUCCUUGACAGCAGUGCUUCUGGGUAGAAUUUAGGAUUCUUGGUGGAAUCCAGCUGAACACAGGCUCCUGGUGUGAUGCUGUGUUGCUAAGAGAAUCAGUAUAAUCCUUGGAGGUAGAAGCAGGGAAAUACUGAGUAGGAGUAGACAGGUGGUAUUGUCUGGAUAUAGGGCAUCAGGGAGACCAUUACUGGACACACUGUCCACUUCUUGUGUUCUCACUUCAACAAGGAUGUUGAAAACCUUAAAAUGACAAAGAAAAGAACCACCAGAAUUAUUCAAGGUCUGGAAAACCUGCCUCAGGGCGAAAGACUUACAGAGAUCCAUCGGUUCGUUUUAUUCAAGUGAAGGUUAGGGGGUGACUUGAUCCUGGUUUAUAAGUACCUACAUGGGGAGAUUCAUGUGGGUUCUUUAUCCCAGCAGAAAAACGCCUCUUGCAUUGAAUUACUCCCCAGGAAGAGGAGGGAGGGGAAAGGGCCCUCGUCUGGUACCACUAACUGUGGCCACCAGAGGGCCCUGGCUAUUGUCGCUUGCUGACUAUGGACAGUUCUUCCAGUGGGUGUUUCCCUGUCUGAGGAUACCGGGUUUGAGCUUCCUGGGUCAGAGGCUGCUGCUGCCUCCAUUGCUGCAGAACCACGUCAGCGCUUGGCUCCAGAUCGCCCCGUGUGCCGGGGAACGGGAAAGGGACAUGGCUGCAGCGGAUCAUGCUCAGGGGUCGGUUACCUUCGAGGAGAUGGCUGUGUAUUUCCCUGAGGGGCAGUGGGCUCUGCUGGAUCCACGUCACAGAGUUCUUUACAGGGACCUCCUGGGGUUUCCUGUUCCCAAGCCCAGUGAGAUCUCCCGGCUGGACCGAGGGGAAGAGCCAUGGGGCCCAGAUCUCCAGGGCUGUGAAGAAAGGGGUAUCCUGAGAAGCAGCCACACAGCAGGAGACGGGAUGGGCAGUGAGAGUGAGGAGGAGAACUCUCAGCUGGAAGGUCCUGAGCUAGUGCAACCACAUAGGAGGAUGUCAGGAAGAGCUGAAGGGAACAUUUCCCAGAGCCCUGAGCAGGGAGAAGCCUGGGAGAGUCAGCACAGACUGCAAAGGCAGCCAGGAACCCAGCCAGGGAAAGGAUUGGAUAAAUCGUGUCACAGGCCCGUGGACACCACCCACCAGAGAAUCCCCAAUGAAGAGAGACCGACCAUCUGUGAGGAAUGUGGCAGAAGCUUCAGUCGCAGCUCAAACCUGAUUGUCCAUCAGAGACUCCAUGCCGGAGAGAAACCCUAUAAAUGUCUGGACUGUGGGAAAAGCUUCAGCCGGAGCUCCCACCUGAUCACCCAUCAAAGACUGCACACAGGAGAGAAGCCCUACAAGUGCUCCAACUGCGGGAAAAGCUUCAGUGACAGCUCCACCCUCAUCACCCACCAGAGACUCCAUACUGGAGAGAAACCCUACAAAUGCCCUGACUGUGGGAAAGGCUUCAACCAGAGCUCCAACCUCACUUCCCACCAGAGAACCCACACAGGGGAGAGACCCUACAAGUGCCCUGAGUGCGGGAAAAGCUUCAGUGUCAGCUCCUACCUCAUCAGGCACCAGAAAAUUCACACGGGAGAGAGACCCUACAAAUGCGAGGAAUGUGAGAAGAGCUUCAGUCAGAGCUCCAGUCUUAUCAACCACCAGCGAGUGCACACUGGAGAGAAACCCUAUAAGUGCAUUGAUUGUAACAAAUGGUUCAGGAACAGCUCAGACCUGAUUAGACACCAGAGAACCCACACAGGAGAGAAACCAUAUCGGUGCCCAGACUGCGGGAAAAGCUUCAAUCGCAGCUCGAACCUCAUGACACACCAGAGGAUCCACACGGGAGAGAAGCCCUAUGAAUGCCCCGAGUGCAGGAGGAGCUUCACCGUGAGCUCAGCCCUGAUCAAACACCAGAGGACUCACCGGGAGGAGAAGCCUUACGACUGCCCUGAUUGCGGGAAAAGCUUCAUUCGCUGCUCCAAUUUUCUUACGCAUCGGAGAAUCCACACAGGGUAGAAACUGGCAUCCCCUGAUAUCCCUGCCCCCGCCCCAUGCCAGCUCAGAAGGAGCCGCUUUGAGCCAGGGUCAGCCUGGCUGGCAGACUCCAGGGAGCUGCUGCUCAGUGGGGUCUGGGAAUCUGGUUUGGGGGCACAGAGGACUGGGGCAGAUGGUUAUUUCUAGGAAGGGAGGGAUUGUUUUGUUUUGGAUUUCAAACACUUUUAUAAACACAGUCCCACUCAUGCAGCCUCAGCAGGCGGCACCAUGCCAGGCAGCUUUACCCUGCCUGUCCUUGUGGUGAGGAGGAUGCCUAAAAAGCAGUGGUUACGCUAAUAAACAUGUCUAUGAGCUCUAUCGAUGUUACGUUCAUACAAUGUGCCUGGGGAGGUUACACAAAUCAAACUGGCCGUGGAAAAGCAGACUCAUACUCAGAGAUUCAUUACGUUUGAAAGACUGUGCUGAAUUAAUGGCAUUUGAAGUAUACAUUUGGAUUCAGACGCCCCCAGGAAAGUUUAUCUAUGCACUGGUUUCACCUGAUAAGUAACAAAGAAUUCAAACGUAUGUCUGCUCUGGCCCAGCAACAGCUCGGUCAUUCUAGGUGUCGGGAAGUGUGUUCUUGAGUUCAUAGAAGCCUGUAAAUGAUGUAAAUGUAUAUUGUGUUCUGUGUGGCAAUAGCCAGCUGUCACAGAGUCAUAGGAUCUGGUCUGGUCCCAGCCUAUCAUCAGCCCCGUGGGAGUGACCCCUUUAAUGUGCCCAUCCCAAGGACCCACACAGCUCCACAGGGGCAGGCCUGUGGCCUCCAUGACUCCCAGACUGGGCCUUCGGCACCAGCAAUCCCUAUCUGCGGCUCCCUGCAGCGAAUCCAGCCCAGCCAGAGUCCUGCAGGGCACAGUGCUCUCAGUGACACCAAGCGGCCCUUUCAAUAGAAGGUGACAAUUCGUUAGUUACCUGGCGUAUAGAAUCUGAAAGUCCUUACGUUAGCACAGUGGGGCAAAGGUUAACACAUGGUCCAUGCUGUCUACAUCAGUGCAACCAGGCAGUAUUUGUUUCGGUCUCCAUUUCUCCUCUCAAUGUCAUCCCAGGUGAGAGCUCCAGACUCUUUGUAAAAGUCAGGAGUUAUCCCAGUAUCCUGACGCUAGUUCGACCCAUUGUUCUUGAGCUGGAGCCUUUGCGCUGUUUCUCCGCUGAGAGGUGGGGGUAAAACUCCUUCCUUUUGGUCUGGUUCCUGGGUCUGAAUGUCCUGGCAUUUAAAAAAGGGUCGGUUUCAGCCCAUCCUUUAAUGUCCCAGUCACUCACUGCACCCCAGUCAGCUACAUGACACAGCAUCUCAUGUCUGCUGCUCUGCCGCAAGAGCCACAUUUUGAACCCUUUUGCACCCACUGGGUGGCUAUGCAGAGUACGGAGGGAAACUGAGGCUCGCCCAGGAACCAUAAAUAAUUACAGAAAAUUCCUGCUUUGUCACACCAGCCUCACCCUGGCUGUUUAGGAUUAAAAUUUAGUUAGUAAAUGUGACUUGGGGAUUUCUUACACUAGCUCAGCAUAGAGCUACUUUGUUAGGAAGAUGUAUGUGCAUACCCCAAAGAGGAGCUGGCAGCCUGUAGGCGGACUGAUGGGCACUCAUCACAGCUCAGUCACAGAUGACACUUGCUUGAAUUUGGGUGGUUUUAUAAAUCAUUGUUUUAUCACUUGGUGAAAGCAACAUUGGAGCUUCCAGUACACCACGACUGGGAUUGCAGAGUAUUUAUGGUAACACCUUCUGCUGAACUGCCAUAGAAAUAACUUUGAUACCAUGGGGCUAUGUUAAUGUGAGAUAUCUCUGUGAAAGGAAGAGGCUUGGCUCUGAAUUGUCAUUGUUGCAAGGCAAAUUUAAACUGAAUUGACAUGUUAGUGACCAAGUAAUUGUUUAAAGGUUGCCUUUUAAGAAUGACUCUUUGUUGAGCUGCCACUCACAGUCCCAUAACUUUGGGUUACAAAGUUUGACUGGUAAAUUGAUCCAGCCCUGUACUAAGGAUUCAGUGUUGUAGUAAAAGCCCCCACUCCAUGCUAGAGUACGUUUCCUAUUGAUUGGUAAAUCUGUGUGGUUUGAUUUGUUACUUGUUAGUGAGUGGGGGUGGGUGUUAACACCAUAUCUUAACAUUUUUUGUUGUAACUUCGUGCACUCUGCCCUGUUCAUCUUCAAGUUCUGUUUUGAGUACUAAAGCUGAUUAAUAAGAAGCUUCUCAUCUGUACGUCAGCUAAGCAACAUGAAAUCCAACGAAUUCCAAACAAACGAAAAACAGUAGGGAGAUAAACCAACCUCCCCUGCAAAAGGUGCAUCUUCCUCCCUGUGAAGAGCUCUGUCAAAUUAAUAGGCCAUCCACCCAGCUGAAGCACAAUGAGCAGGAGAAAGUAUUACCAAUACUGGAAUGCACUAUGUUAUCAUUAUGGUUAAGAGUGAACAGUCUAUGGCAAUAAAUAGGCAGUUCUCACCUCUCAGCUCCAGACACCAGUGAUGUUCCAGUGGGUUCUCCAAAACAAGAAAGGUAAAUUCUGCAAAAUCCUCAGAAUGCUCUGAUGCGCAAAAUUCUACUCCAGAUUUCUAGUGUCUCCUGCUGCCUCCAUCCCUGCAGCAAUGUUCAGUAUGUGACAUAAUGUACUCAGCAAGAGAUUCUCUCUGCCCCAUGGGGAUAAUACUCUCAAGUGGGACUGGAGACAUGGAUGUUGUUGGAACAUGCUCCUGCCUGCAGGAGAAUCUUCCAGCAGCCACAGGGUUAACCCAGUAAUGCUGAAUGCUCUGGUUAUUGCUAAGGAGGGAAGGCUUCUUUCUCUCAUCAGUCAUUGGGGUCUUGUACAUUUCGAAGCCAGGCCCAUUAACUACACUAGUUCCAUUGUAGUUAGCUUGUUAUUUCACUUUUUGGGUAUAGGCAAUAAUCACAAAAAUAUAUUUUAAAAAAUCACUUCAGAGUCAAGACACUAUAAAUACUUUGAAGCUAAUUCUCUGAAAUAUAAAAAUACCUGAUUGACUGAAGAUGCAACAAAAGUGAUACCACCAAGAGAUUCCAUUUAAAAGUUAAUCUGCUGCUUGUAUGAACUUAUGGUAAUGAUGGGCGAAAAGAAGAUCACAGUAAUUAUAGUCACUGAGGUAUGAGGGAAUCUAGUUUGCCUACCUUGAAUUGGAAUAUGAUAGAAUCAGUGAGGUAAGGCCUGGUCUACAUAGGAAAGUUUUCACAGUGAAUGUUUUUCUGCUUUAUCUGUACCAGUAUAACUAUGGUGAAAGGAUGUGUCUAUACUGUUUUGUUUACUCUGGCUUAAGUUAGUUCCCUUAUGAAUCAUUGUGGAUAGAGGAAGAGGAUGAGAUCAAGCAGUUACUUCUACAUUCAGUUUUCCCACAGUGGCUUCAGUUGCUGGAGAACCUCUUCUGUUCAUGGCCCCUUAGCACUGAUGGGUGGUACAGGACAGUGCUGCAGAGCUGGGAUGAACUGCAGUAGCCACAGAACUUCAAGCUGCAGAAGUCUAUUUCCCUAGACAUCUGCGUGGAGCUCGCCACCAAGUUGCAGCGCCAACCUGAGAGUCCCCCUCAGCGUAGAGCAGAUGUGGCCAUCAGCAUCUGGAAGCUCCCAAGUCCCGACAACUGUUGUUCAGUAGCUAGCCAGUUUGGGAGAUCAAUUGUCGGGACUUUUUGUCAUGUAGGUGUGCACUGCUAGCCAAUGCACAGGAGACUAUUGAUGGCCUUGCAUAGCUGAGGUUCCCAAAUUGUACAGGAGGCCUUGAUCAAACCCAUCUGACGAUCCCAUCCCCCUCUCACCAGAUCAGUAUUGUUUAUUGACAAGAAGGGGUAUUUUUCCAUGGUGCUGCAAGGCCUGAUUGAUUGCCAUGGGAUGGGGUGGGCAGGUCCAUGAUGUGAAGGUCUUCAGAAACGCAGCUCUGUUUUCUGCAAAGAAAAAGAGAACGUCUGCUCCCAUGGCCAUUAUGGAUAUUGGUGGUAUUGUUCAUAUGUUCGAAGGCCAGAAGGGACCACUGUGAUUAUCUAGUCUGUUCUCCAGUAUAACACAAGCCAGAGUCUUGCCCCCAAAUACUUCCUACAGCAGAGCUAUUAGAAAAAACAUCCAAUCUCAAUUUAAAAAUUGUCAGGGAUGGAGAAUACACCAUGACCCUUGGUAAAUUGUUCCUUUGGUUAAUUACUCUCAGUGUUAAAAAAUGUAUAGUGUUGUGAUUCCUUCUGUCAUUUUGGGAGACCCAGCUUACCCUCUGCUUCCCUGGCUUAUGAAUCAUUUCCUGGAGACAAGGGCAGGAGAAAGGAGCUGUUUGACUGUACCCUGAAUAGCUGAAGAACGACUGUGGAGAGGGUGGUUGGAAGACUCAAGGACAGGAGGAGAAGACCCCUGACAUGGCUGAAGGCUGCUGAAUAGUAUCUGCCUAGUGAUAGGCACUUGCUCGGUUUGCACAACAUCUGGGAGAGCCAAGGGGAGAUCCUCACUGAUGGCUGUUAAGUAAAGAUGAUGGCACUUUCUGUACCUUAUGAACAGCCAGCCCCAAGUGGUCAGGGGCACAGGGUCAAGGAUGGGUUGUGGUAGGAAAUGAAUGUCCUGUAGCCAAGGAAAUGAAUGCAGGGUGUUUGUGUAAAGACCUGAUUAAGAGUUGGUGUUACUGGGGGCAGCCACACCUCAGUGAAAGUUUUCAGUCGAGUUGUACAUAACAUUUAUGGAUUUAAUGUAACCAUGCAAAGUGACAACCAAUGGAUGUGUGGCAGAACAUGCCCAAAGUGCUGAGUGCAUGCACAUGGCUGUGCUGAUGGGCUCACAACAAAUGUGUAUGUCGGACCUGUUCUCCUUGUUUGGUGGGUAGAAUGGAGCAGGCAGGUCCUGCCAUUUGGGGAAACAAAAAAAGGCUCCCAGUAUCCUGUGUUCUCCACAAGUUGCAGGACAGGAUGGGUUGCUGGCUGUGACCAUAGCACCACAAUGUUCUCCAGCAGAGCUGUUUGCCUCUGUCCAGCAUCCUUUCCUGCCUGUCCUCUUCUUUGUCCAGGAUCUCCCUUGGGAGCCUCUCUGCCUGCUGCGGAGACCUCCCGCUGCUCUUCUGUCUUCUUGGUGGGAUGCAGUCACAAGGUCCAUGAACAUGUCCUCCCUUGCUCUCUUUUUUUCCUUCAGAUGUUUGCUUGGGUUCUGAGGGGAAUCACAACCAGUGCCCUCACUUCCUGUUCCUGUGCCUCAGAACUCAGUGUUCUGAAGAGAGAUUGGCUGUCUGGUGUGAUCACCUCCUGGUUUGUGUCCUUAGGGUACUUGGGUGCCUUCCAUGCUCAGCUCCAAACUGUUCUGAACCCCAUGAUAGAGUUUGGUGGUGGCAUCCAUUGCAAAAAUUUGGUCCUGCUCUUCAUAUAGGGCAGGCCCUGGGAGCAUGGCUGCAGGUCCCGUUCUCAUCCCUUGUGUUCUGACAGCUCUGUCCUUUGCCUUGGCAGAGUGCUGGGCCAUGUCUCGGGACUGACCUGUCUCCAGCAUGGGCUCUGCCAGUUGAAAUGAGUAAAUAAAGGAUUUUUCAGUU